AUGGAAAUAUCACAAUAUUUACAUAGAACGUAUGUAUGAUUGGUCUGAGGAGAUCACCCACUUCUUCCUAGCGAAAUUUCGUGAACAACUCUCUCAUUAAAGGCGUCCUUGUAUGAUGGAGAAGAUUCAGCACAGUGAAGUGGAAGUGAAGGGAUUGAAGCUGCACGUGGCAGAGAUUGGAACUGGGUCCAAGGCAGUGCUAUUCUUACAUGGAUUCCCAGAGAUCUGGUACACAUGGAGGCACCAGAUGAUUGCUGUGGCAAACGCUGGUUAUAGAGCUAUUGCCUUUGAUUUCAGAGGCUAUGGANUCUCUCAGCAACCAGCUGAGCCAGAAAAGGAAACCAUGUAUGACCUAGUUCAUGAAAUUGUGGGUCUUUUGGAUGCUUUAGGCAUCACCAAGGCUUUCCUUGUUGGCAAGGAUUUUGGGGCAAUGGUAGCAUAUCGUACAGCAGCUGUGCACCCAGAAAGAUUUUGUGCUGUAAUAACUUUAGGCAUUCCUCCUGGUCCCUAUUCUAUCCAAAACUACCUUCUCCCCAAAGGCUUCUACCUUACUAGGUGGCAGGAGCCUGGAAGAGCAGAAGCAGAUUUUGGUCGGUUUCCUGUGAAAUCGGUGAUAAGGAACAUCUACACUCUCUUCUCUAAAAGUGAGGUUCCAAUAGCAGCUGAUGAUCAAGAAAUCAUGGACUUGUUCAACCCAUCUACUCCUCUACCACCAUGGUUCUCUGAGGAAGACCUUGCAACCUAUGCAUCUUUAUAUGAAAAAUCUGGAUUCAGAUAUGCAUUGCAGGUUCCUUACAGGAGUCUCAAUGUGAAAAGUGGCUCAAGGGACGUGAAGAUUACAAAUCCAGCACUUCUCGUCAUGGGUGAGAAAGAUUAUGUUUUCAUGUUUCCAGGCACGGAGGACUAUAUCCGAAGUGGGGCAGUGAAAAAUGUUGCGCCGUACUUGGAAAUCACAUAUAUUCCGGAAGGAAGCCAUUUUGUGCAUGAACAACUUCCAGACAAGGUGAACCAGCUCAUCAUUGAGUUCAUUGACAAACAAAGUAUCUAAAUCUGUUAUACGGCCAAAAGGAUGUUUCCAUUAAGAUCUGUGUAAUUAAGAUCCUACAGUUCAUGAAGAAGGGGGUAUACGUUGUAAUAAAGUCUGGGAGUUCAUAUCAAAAUAAAAUCUGCAAUUUGUGAUGGUUUAUGGUAUAAAGAGAUAAUAAAGAACUUAGUGUCAUAUAUCGUUUAUGGCCCAACCUAAACUUAUUAACCUCUGGAAACACUUGAGUAGGCUUGCAAAACUUUACCAGUGCCACCAAUGGCAGAAUAUGAAAAAAAUUCAAAAGUAAAGCAAAAAACACAUAUAUGAUAGUAAGAUAUAAGACUCAUCUGA